AACCAAAAGACAUACUCCCGAAUGAAAAGAGUCACUGCAGGCACGAAAAGUACUGCCAGCACUAACCCUGGGAAAACAGGAAGAGUAUUUUCACCGAUCAGAAUAUUUUCUGAUCCGUUCUCCUCUGAUGACCCUGAUGACGUCAUACCAUCACCUAAAAAACAGUCCGAGCCAGUUCCUACGAAAAAGAGGAAGACAGACGCAGCUAAAGAGAGUACAGAGGUGACAAAUUAUGUCUAUGAGCCAAAGCUUUUUGAAGAAAUGCCUGAAGUUGUGCCAGUGAAAAGAACUAGAAGAGGAAGAGUGGCCAAGUCAAGAGGUAUUUCUGAUGUGAGCAAUAUUCAACGAGGUGGAGAUAAUCAAAGGCCUCAAACAAGGAAAAGAAGGGAACAGGAUGUGACCGCCGUAAAGUGUCAGAUGCAGAGUGAUUGGAUUGAGCCUGACCUGGGAGAUUUGUUAAUGAAAUCAUCUAGGAAACGUCAAAAGAAGAAGACCUCAAAGAAUAGGCAGAUUGAUAAUGAUAAAGUGAAGAAGAAGGUUGGAAAAAAAGAUGACUUUUCAAGGCCGAGUCCCAUUAAGAGGUCCUCAGUUCCGGUUAAAUCAAUGAAAUCAAAAGUUAAAAGGGUGAAAUCUAUUGGUGGUGAGAGUACUGCCUUGUCUGAGGCUGAUAUCUUGAAGAAUGUGAACUCUUCACCUGAUCCUACCUUUAAAGUACAGUUUGUGAAAAGUUGGGUUGAUGAGUCUAUGGAAGCAAUAGAAUCUGGUGAUCUUGCUCAAUGGUCAGAUGAACAAACUUUGAAAAGCUCACAGGAAAAUAGCUCUGAUUGUUCAUCAUUGUCCCGGUCAAAGGUUCUCCCUCAAUUGAAGAUCAAACCGAAUGGGGCGCCCACCAAGAAAGCAGAAGAUUCUGGUACCAGGGCAGUUGAGAAUACUUCUGAAGAAACUGAAAUUCCUUCUCCAGAACGUACUAUCCAAGUCGCAAAAAUUCUGAAUGUGCCCAGAAAAGCUUGCCAAAAAAUGUCUGGCUCGAAUGCUGUUAUUUUACAAAUUUUAUCGACCCGUACUGCUGGCAUUGCUUCUAAAGUUUUGGGUGACUUAAACCAGGACAAUCCCAGAUCAAAACAGUUAAAACCAAAGAAACUGACUCCUGUGCCAAUUCAAAAUGUCUUUAAGAAACCGGCAACUAACUUCGUUCCCAAAGUGGAUCCUUUACUUUCUGGUCUCAUGCAUUGUCAGGAAAAAUCAGUAUGUCCUCAGCUCAACACUUCAAAUCUUGUAUACCUGAAAAGAUUUUCAAAAAGUAGUAAGCAUGAUUCGUUAUCUAAAUCGAGCAGAACAUCCCAGUCUUCAGGAAAAGAAACGUCGUCCAAGUGGAAGACUGUUGACUCAUCAGCCGUAACUCGAAGUCAAAAUGAAUCAACCUACUUCACCGAGGAUGUUACAGACGACCUAAUGACAGAAGAUUUGAUAGACACAACGACAGAUACUGAGAGAAGGGCAACCAAAAUGACUGAUUCCACUCAGGAGCAUACCUUUGGGACAUUAGGCACCACUGAUUUGAUAGAAGGUGCAACAGCAGAUGUCAUGACAGAAGACUUUGUCACCACUUAUCCCACCAGUAGCACUGUUGAAAUUGAAGUACUGCGCGAUGCUCAUGUUGGCCCUGAUACUAUCAAAAGAAAGAAGAAGAUGCAAAAUCAGCUUGUUGAUGACAAUAAUAUGAAGAAAGUCCCACACAAAGUUUUGGCCAAACUUGUUGACUUAAAUUUUGUGUGCGACCGCAGUGAUAAACCAGGUUUGUGUCUUGGCUCACCAAUAAUUGCUUUAUUUUGCAUUUUAUAAAAUCAGUUGUGUAUUCAAUGAUGGUACAAUUCUCCGAUAUCUUAAUAGAUUUGUUUGCUGUCUGCUCUGGAUUGAUAGUAGUAUAGUUAGUUUCUACUGCGAGAAGUUUAUUGAACCAAAACAAAACAAACUUCAUUUUUGCCUUACAGAUUAUGGUUAUGGAACUCCAGAGCUUGAAGAAGUGGAUACGUUUGAAAGCCUUCCAUCUCUUCCAAAGGUUGCUGUGAAGAUUGUUGAACCAAAGUUGUGUUCUACCUUCCUCCCUGACAAAGAGGACAAUGGUGCUGUGUUGGUUGAUGAAUCAACAAUUCUGGGAGAUGACUGCCACAGUGUAACCCUCAAAAGCAUAUCGACUGAGAUGGAAAGUCCCCAUGCGUCGAAGAAGGUUGGAAAGCCUGUCAAAGCCACUUUGACAUCAACCAAACUUGCUGGGAAAAAGACAGAUGAUGGUGUAGUGGUGGAUGUGUCAACAAUAAGCG